AUGAACGUGGAAAUUCAAGGUCUACCGGUGGCGCCUAACGAAGACUUGGAGACAGUCGUUGAAGACAUUGCUAAGUGCCUUGAAGUCGAAGUUAGCAAAGACGACAUUGACGUCGCUCAUCGGGUGCCAACGAAAAAAAAGGAUCAGUUCAAUGUAAUAGUCAAAUUUCGAACAAGACGUGCACGAGACAGUUUGCUCGAAGCCUCUAGAAAAAAGAAACUGCAGACGGGUCUUCUCGGUUUUGACCGUGACCUCCCGCUCUACUUAAAUGAGCACCUUUGUGUUGAAAACAAAAUACUGCUGGGCAAGGCUCGUCAGGCGAAGCGCGAUAAACACUGGAAGUUUGUUUGGGUAUCCCAGGGCAGAAUUCUCAUGCGGAAGGCAGAAAAGUCACCUGUACUGCAUAUCACCUGCGAUGCCGACUUUGCCAAAGUGGUUUAA